AUGAGUGGUGUCCUUCAGAUCAUGUUUAUGCUUGCUUUAAGUGUGGAACUCCUCAUAGGAUUGUUAGGAAAUGGAUUCAUGGUGCUGGUGACCUCCAUGGACUGGAGGAAGAGUAGGAAGAUCUCUCCAGUGGAUCAAAUCCUCCUGGCUUUAGCAAUCUCCAGAUUUGCUCUGCUGUUUUCUCUCCUCCUGAAUAUCCUGAUGUCCACGCUGUGCCCGGCUUUGAUGGUGACUACAACAAUGCUAAGAAUAAAUAGCACCACCUGGACCGUGACUAACCAUUUCAGCAACUGGCUUGCCACCAGCCUCGGCAUCUUUUAUUUUCUCAAGAUAGCCAACUUUUCCAACUCUGUUUUCCUUUAUCUAAAGUGGAGAGUUAGAAAGGUGGUGUCAGGGGCAGUGCUGGUGUCUCUGACCCUCUUGUUUUUAAACAUUAUAGUUAUAAAAACACAGGCUGGUGAUAUCUGGACUGAUGAGUAUCCGAGCAAUGCCACCUAUGGCCUUAGUUCAAAUAAGUCUGUUCAAUUUCCCAUACUUGUGUUAUAUAACAACACAGUGUUCACACUUAUACCCUUUACCGUGUCCCUGGUGACAUUUCUCCUGCUGAUCUUCUCUCUGUGGAAACAUCAUCAAGCAAUGCAGCACCGUGGCCGUGUACCCAGGGACGCCAGCACCCUGGCCCAUAUCCAAGCCUUGUACAUGGUGGUCGCCUUCCUCCUCCUGUAUGCCGUUUUCUUCCUGUCUCUUCUUUUGCAUUUCUGGAACUUCAAGUUCUUGCACGAGAACGCGAUCGUUUUGCUUUUGGAAGUCAUCGCAACAGCCUUUCCCUCGGGCCACUCGAUCGUCCUGAUUCUGGCAACCCGAAAACUGCGGGGCACCUUUCUUCCCAUGCUUUGUACCCCAUGCUGGGGUACAUAA